AUGGGGGAAGAACUUAGCAUCUACUUAGCUGCCUUACAGCAUGCGGUCAGCUCCGUCCUUGUCAAGGAAACCUCCGACGAGCAAUUGCCCGUCUACUACGUCAGCCAUGUCCUAAAUGGACCCGAGGAGCGAUAUCCACCGAUCGAAAAGCUUGCUCUGGCGCUCAUAUUGGCAGCCCGAAAAUUACGUCCUUACUUCCAAGCCCAUCCGAUCAAGGUAAUCACCGACCAACCCCUCAGGCAGGUGUUGUCGAAAUUUGAUAUUGCAGGUCGACUCCUUAAGUGGUUGGUAGAGCUCGGAGAAUUCGACAUGCAUUACGCGCCGCGGACCGCCAUCAAAGCGCAGGCAGUGGCCGACUUCAUUUCGGAGCUCGCCCAUCCCGAAGGACGGCCUCCCAGUCAGCCGGGCGAAGCAUGGACCCUUCAGGUGGAUGGCUCGUCCGCUUCAACCGGGGCCAGUGCGGGACUAGUGCUAUCGGCCCCCGACAGACAGUCGUUCGAGCGCUCCCUCCGCUUUGGGUUUCACGCGACCAAUAACGAAGCUGAAUAUGAGGCACUCCUAGCGGGGCUCAGACUAUCCUGCGAGAUGCAGGUGGAUGGAAUCAAUGUCCUCACUAACUCACAGCUGGUGGCCGAGCAACUCAACGGUGGAUACGGGGCCAGAGAACCCACCAUGGCAAAAAUACCUAGCCGAGGCGAGAUGCUGUUUAAGCAAGUGUAUAAAGGCAGUUUGCAGUUAUGGGUGCCAAGAUGUCGGAAUGAGCGAGCCGACGAGUUGGCUAAGCUGGCCUCAAAGUCAGCUUCCAGCGCCCACCUCGAGAUCGAGGAGCUCCCCUCUCGCUCCAUCUCGGUCUUAUCCGUGUCUACAACCGACACCCGACCCACAUGGGUGGAGGAGAUGCUGAGCUACAAGCGCGACGGGAUCCUUCCCGCCGACAAAGCCUCGGCUCGGCGCAUCCGCCAAAUGCAAGCAUGGUACUCCGAGGCAAACGGACGGCUUUACAAGCGGUCCUUCUCUCACCCGCUCCUGCGAUGUCUCGAGCCAGAAGAGGCGUCAACGGUUUUGGCCGAGGUCCAUGAAGGGAUUUGUGGAGAGCACAUUGUCGGUCGGACCUUGGCCUACAAAAUCCUCUGCCAAGGGUAUUACUGGCCCACCAUGGUCCGCGACGCGAAAUCUUAUGUGCAAAGAUGGCCCGAAGCUGAACCAUUAGCAACAAUCACGGAACGACAAAUCGAGAAGUUCAUAUGGAGGAACAUCGUGACCCGGUUUGGCCUGCCCCGAACCAUCGUCACGGACAACGGAUCCCAGUUCGCCAGCAAGAAGUUCCAAGAGUUCAGCGCGAACUAUGGGAUUCGGUUAAAGUACAGCUCGGUGGCUCAUCCUCAGACGAAUGGACUGGCUGAGGUAACCAACCGAUCCAUCCUAGACGGGCUCAAGAGGAGGGUGACGAUAGCCCGAUCAGGCUGGGUGGAGGAGCUCCCCAGCAUUCUAUGGUCCUUAUGGACCACCCCCAAAACCGCAACCGGGGAAUCGCCUUACAGUCUCUCAUACGGGACCGAGGCCGUCCUACCCCCCGAAGUAGUUUUUCCUACCCCUCGGGUGGAGGAGUAUGACGAAGGGACAUCGGCCCAAGGACUGCGUGCUGGCCUCGACCUGAUCGAGGAGCGGCGCGCCAACACACACCUAAGAGAUUUUUCCUACAAAAGAGCUGUGGCCUGGGUCUAUAACCGCAGGGUACGCCCUCGACCCAUUAAAAUGAAUGACCUAGUCCUACGAAGGGCCGAAGUCAGCGACCCGACUAGAGCGCGUGAUAAACUUGCCGCUAGCUGGGAGGGACCAUACCGGGUUAUUGGCGUCGUCCGGCUAGGCACCUAUCGGCUUGCGACCAUGGAAGGCCGUCCCUUGCCAAGGACUUGGAACGUGCGAAACCUUAAGAAGUUCUUUGCAUAA